ACGGAAGUGCCUGACAGUACAACGCGCCAAAUUUACAAAGGCAGAACAAAACACAACACAUCCGCUCUCUUAUUCACUAAACCAGGUCAGUAAAUGAUCGUUUAACUGUUUGGAGAGUGAAUUAUUUACCGGUAGAAACGCGGGUCGUGGUCCUGGGUCAAACCUCGGAGCUGUAGCUGUUGUCAGGAUGGGUUUAAUCGAGCAGUGCCAGGAGCUUUUCAAGACCGCCAGCCUGUACGAGGUGCUGGGCUCCAGCAAGGCGGCAACCGAGGCAGAGAUCCGGAGGAGCUACUACAAAGUGUCACUCCAAGUCCAUCCAGACCGAAAUCCUGAAGACCCGCUGGCUACGCAGAAGUUUCAGGUGUUGGGGAAGCUGUAUGCAGUGCUGAGCGAUAAAGAGCAGAGGGCAGUUUACGAUGAGCAGGGAGUGGUGGACGAAGAGUCUGACGUCCUGAGCCAGGAUCGCUGCUGGGAGGAAUACUGGAGACUGCUUUUCCCUAAGAUAACAGUGCAGGACAUCCUUGAAUUUGAGAAGAAGUACAAGGACUCUGAAGAGGAGCGGCAGGAUUUGCUCCAGCUUUACGCGAAGCACCAGGGAGAUAUGGACGUCAUCACGGCCUCAGCUCUGUGCUGCUCCCAGGAGGACGAACCUAGGCUCUGCAGCAUCAUCCAGGCCGCCAUCGAGAGCGGAGAAGUCGAGGCUUUCUCUGCGUUCACCCAGGAGAGCAACAAGAAGAAGAGAGCGCGUAGGAAGAGGGCGGACAGAGAGCGGCAAGAGGCAGAAGAAAUGCAGAAGGAGUUGGGGCUGGGUGAUGAGGAUGACAGUCUUGUGAUGAUGCUGAAGCAAAAACAGAAGUCCAGAGAACAGAAUUUUAACAGUUUUCUGUCUGACCUGGAAGCCAAAUACGCCAAAACAAGUGGUAAAUCUCAGAAAGGACGACGAGGGAAAAAGUGAGAUGUAUUCUCAUGCGGGCUCUGUUUGUAGAAGAUUACGUGUGUAAAUUUUAGUAGAUAUUUGUCACUACUUUUCAGAUUAAUACUUUUCUCUCCUGCAUGCCUCCCCUACAAACUCAUUAUCUGUCUUUUUUUUUUCUGUCUUCAUAAACACAAAUAAAGUUCAUAUUUAUGUAAUAUA